CAAGUGCUAAAUAAAUCACACUGGCAGCUCUGGUGCUAUGAAAGCUCUAGGAUGUGUUCGGAUAUUUUCUAACUCUUAUGGUGGCAUAGGCAUUGAAAAACUAGAAUGUGUAGGGUACGUGCAAAAAAGGUGUGGAACACGUCUUCGUCGUCUAAAGGUCCAAAACAAGGGUCAGUAGCUGAAAGAUGGGAAAGGCUUAAGUGGAUUAGGUCGCCUUACAGUUUAAAAAAAUUGACACUCUUCAAAACUAUAAUGGUAUGGCAAUAAGACAGAAUGCAGGGAACGGCAAUGUUUUUGGCAGUAAAAUCAGUACUACAUCAUGUCGCUUCAUCUGAUACUGAUGCUGUCACCAGUGCUGGUGUGGCUAUUUGAAGGAUCCUUCAAGCUUUAAACAUUAAAGUUCAUUGCCAAGGAGUGUUGUGGAGUUCAUUAGGCCAAUUUGUAAUGACACGGCAGAAGAAAAGCAUCUGUCUAGGUGUCUGCAUGGAAAGACACAAAAUUCCAACGAGUCAUUAAAUAAGCUUAUAUGAAACAUAUGCAGGAAGGAGUAUUUUGUUGAGAAAACCACUAUUGAUGAAUCAGUUUAUUGUUAUCGGCCAUUUUGAUGAUGGAGCUAGUUUUAUUUUAAAACUGCAUGAAUAACUAGACAUUGCUGAAGGAUACUAUUCUGGAAGUUCUGCCCAAAAAAAAAAAAGGAUGGCUUGCAUAAAAAGUCUUCUAAGUCAAAUUGUCACAUAAAGAUACAACAUGGUUCACGAAUAAAAAAUAGGUCAGAUGUAAUCUAACUAAACAUGAAAUGCCUGCAACAGUUGCAGCUAUACAGUCAUAUGUCAGUGGGAAGAAGUAUAAAAAGGCCAGGUCAUUAAAGUCAUAUGACUAUGAUAAGCUUAAACCUCACAUUAUUCCAAGUACCAAGAGAAAUCAUCUGAAUGAAUUGUUUUGUACUCUGACACUGCGACACAUUGGGAAGUCUCCUGAAGAUGUAGAGAGACAUUUAAAAGGGAAAAAAUACACAAGAGCUUUAGCCAGAUGGCAGAAGUGUCAGGAAACUGGGGAGAAAUUUGUCCCUAGACCUUCACGCCAAAAGAAAGUUAUAACAUCGGACAGUGAUAGCGUGUCUGGUGAGAAUCAGUUCUGGGAAGAUGACAGUGAAGAUGACCAUGGAAGUGAAGAUGACAUGAGUGACUUGUAUCCAGAUGAUGCCUUAGAAAAAGAUGUUACACAAGAAAGUGCUGACAACAAUGAAAACAGCAAAGAAGAAACUCUAGUAGAAGCAGAUGGCCCACCAGACUGUGAUUCAGAUUAUAGCAUGUCUGAACUGGAUCAGAGUAACUCCACAGAUAAUUCUAAGUCAUUAAAGUCUUUAAAAGACAGCCAAAACAAAUCUGGCACUCAGACAACAAAACAAAAGGGAAAACAAAGGAAAAGGCAAACAGACUUAGAGAAUAAAAAUGUCAAAAAAAAUAAAAAGAAGAAACUUAAUUAAAAAUAAUUUAUUUUGCAGUUGA